GACCUGACACAUGUAUGUUACAAAAUCUGAUCUAUGUAUGAGAGAAAAAAGCAAAAGUCCGAUUUGAUGCGUUGAAUUCCUUCGGAGAGAUGUCAUCGUUGUAAGUGCUGGAUGUGACACAGCAGCAGUGAAUAUGGGAGAUCUGGCCGACUCCAGAGAUCCGAAAAACACUUUCAUUGUUCCUGCCAUCAAGUCCUUUGAUCAUUAUGAUUUUAAUAGAGCUAAAAUCAGAGCCAGCCUCACAUGGCUGGUGGCCAAAGCCUUUGGUACAGACAGUGUUCCAGACGACCUGAGCGAGCCCUUCUACAGGGACCAGUAUGAGCAGGAGCACCUGAAGCCUCCGGUGGUGGGCCUGCUGCUGUCAGCUGAGCUGUACUGCAGAGCAGGAAGUCUGAUUCUGAAGAGCGACGCUGUUAAACCUCUGCUGGGUCAUGACGCCGUCAUCCAGGCUCUGGCUCAGAAGGGCCUGUACGUCACCGACCAGGAGAGACUGGUGACCGAGAGAGACCUGCAGAAGAAGCCCAUUCAGAUGAGCACCCACCUGGCCAUUAUUGACACGCUGAUGAUGGCGUACACAGUAGAGACGGUGAGUGUGGAGAAGGUGAUGGCCUGCAUGCAGCAAUACUCCACCGAUUACCCAGACGGAGACGUGCCCUAUGACACAGAGGAUGCGGUCACUAGCUGGAUGAAUAAGGUGAACGAAUACUUGAAAGAAAUCAUAAUGCAGGAGCAAAGGAGGAUGGAGGCGCAGAACGCAGAGCCUGUUGAGAAUCCAAAGUCUCCAACCAAGUGGUAUACGAAGCUGGUUCCUGCGCGUUAUAGGAAGGAGCAGGUUCUGCCCAAGAUGGUGCCAUGGAUCCCUCCGGUGGACAACCUCCUGAAGGACAGCACAGAUGGCUGUGCCCUCGCAGCCCUGCUGCACUUUUACUGUCCCGCCAUCGUCCACCUGGGAGACAUUUGCCUGAAGGAGACCAUGUCGCUGGCAGACAGUCUGUACAACCUGCAACUCAUCCAGGACUUCUGCAAGGAACACUUGAACCACUGCUGCCACUUCAAUCUGGAGGACAUGCUCUACGCUCAUUCGUCCAUCAAAAAUAACUAUCUUGUGUUUAUGGCUGAGCUCUUCUGGUGGUUCGAGGUUGUUAAGCCGCCAUUCGUCCAGCCUCAGGUGCUGGAAACUGAAGCACCAGCCCCUUCACUGAAAAAUCUGCCAUCUGUGCCCAUCUCAAAAGUCACAAAGAGAAGUUUCAUGGAAAGACCUCCUAGUCCGGACAGACCAAGUCUCCCUCUCCGACCUCAACCACAGAAUUCAGGCUCAGGUGAGAUCAAGCGAUCAACCUCAAUGUCAUUUGUGGAAAGCUUCAUGGGUACUUGGCCCAAAGAGAAGAAGUCUGCUGCUCAGGGAGUGUCCUUUGAAAUCCCAUUUGAUAAAGAGAGCACCAAUCAAACACCCACUGGCCGAGGGAUGACUCGGUCUGUCAGCACUGAAGGUUUUGGUUUCAAGAUACCCCACGGCACCAGGGGCAUCAAGAGAAACCUGUCCUUUCAGCCUGUCAACGGAAAGAACAUGGGCAUCGAGGAGGAAGGCUGUCCUGACAGCCUGUCAGGAAACCAUAAUGGCCGUCUAAAUGGCUCAGGGCCACCUAGCAUCGAAGAGGCUCUUGAGAUCAUCCACAACUCAGAGAAGAAAUCUCAGAGCCCCAGGGACCAUGCGCCCAGUGAGGGCUUCUUUCUUCACCUCCAGAAUAAAAGUGAAUUGAACCCUGAAGCAAAGGAUGGGGAGCUAGUCUCAGUUUCAGAAAUGUCCAAAGGGGUUGCUAGCACAUCCACCACUGAAGUAGACACCGGCAUACAUGUGCGGACGGAGGACAUCCAAGAGACCCUAGAUGAGGACUCAUCCCUUAGGGAUUGUACUGUCAGUAUGGAGCUUGAUACGGAUCAAGACUUUGAGGCAAGAGCUUGCCAUAGCCAGGGCUCUACAAGCCCAUGUCCCAGCAGCCUAAGCAGCAAGUCCCCUGCCGGAAGCGCCCCUGCUUUUACACCUGGGAUUAAGAUGACCAGCUUUGCUGAGCAGAAAUUCCGUAAACUGAAUCCAAACGUGGAGGCCAAAGCUGCUGCAUCCCAAAGCACAGCACCAGACAGUUCAGAUCUCGGCAUUCCUCACUCUGUUUCCUGGGCUCCUUCACCUGAGGUCAGCCCUGCACAUCAGCCAUCCAAGGAUCCGGCCCAGGCCAUGGCUGCAGAAAUGGUGCAGCUGCGCAUGAGACUUGAAGAGAAGCGUCGAGCCAUUGAGGCUCAGAAGAAGAAAGUAGAGGCUGCUUUUACCCAGCACCGUCAGAAGAUGGGACGCAGUGCUUUCCUCACAGUUGUCAAGAGGAAAGGAGUAGAUGGCACCUCACCUUCUCAAGAGGACACUCCCAGCUCAGAGGGAAGCAAGACGCCAGCGGAGACACCUCAGCCCAUCAAGUCUCCGGUGAAGUCUGCGGGGGAGGACGGUACAUCCGAGGCGGACCUGAUGGAAUACACACGCUCCAUUGAGAAGCUCAAUGCUUCCCUGAGCUUCUUGCAGAGUGAGAUGCAGCGGCUGGCCCAGCAGCAGGAGGUAAUCAUGCAGAUGCGGGAGCAACAGGCUUGGGUUGUGUCGCCAACUCAACCUUCGCCACAGAAGCAAGUGCGAGAGCUCAGAAGGAGUGGGGCACGCUCUUCAGGCUCUCCCUCACCUGCAGAUUCUCCUAGAGCUACGCACCGUUCUCCUACAAACCUUAAGAGGAAGUCUGCUUCUUUCCAUUCCAAGACACCAAGGACACCCAGACCCAGUGAGCUAAAGAUCACUCCUUUCAGCCGAGUCCUGACCGUUCCACAGUCUGUGGACAGCAUACCACGCUUGAGAAGGUUCUCCCCAUCUCAGUCCGUGUCCUGCUCAUUUUCUUAUUUGGGAAAAGAGAAGAAACCACCAUCAGGAGCUGAAGCCACAGACAAGGACAUAGAACAAGGCCUUGAGUCAUUGUCAAUUGAAUGUUCUGCUGGUACCAUCACCUCCCCAACCAAAGAAACCCAACAGGCUGUAACCGAAGACGCUGACUUGUCAGCCAAGGAGCCAGUAGAUAGGGGAGAGGAGAGCAAGAUGGAGAACAAACCAACUGAGGAAAGGGAACAGCUUAAGAAGCCAACAAAUGCGAUUAAGCCGGCUGUGGAAUCUAGUGUGUCACAGAUUUUGUCGCAGAUUGUAAUGGAGCCCGUCAUUGUCACUCCUACUGAGCCAGUUGACAUCACCCAUCAGACCAACAAAAAUUUGAUUGAGGUUCCACUGUCUGUUCUCAAGCCCCUGGAUGGACAGGCGUUGAAAGAGGAAGGCGAGAAGGAGACUUCAGGGGAAAAUCUAGACGAUGAGCAGAAAAUGUGCUGUGGAUUCUUUUUCAAGGAUGAUAUGAAGGAAGAGGAUAGCAUGGCCAUAAAGCGAGCAGCACUUCUGGAGAAAAGGCUGAGAAGAGAACGGGAGAGCCAGCAGAGGAAACAACAGCUGGAGGCGGAGCUUGAGCAAAAGAAAGAAGAGGCCAGACUGAAAGCAGAGGAAGACCGCAUGAAGAAGGAAGAAGACAAAGCCCGACGGGAAUUUAUCAAACAGGAGUACCUGAGGAGAAAACAGCUGAAGCUUAUGAAGGACAUGGACACGCUUGUCAAACCGCGUCCUGCGGGGGCCAAACAGAGGAAACCACGGCCCAAGUCCAUCCACAGAGAUGUGAUGGAGUCCCCCAGGACUCCUGUCAGGGUCACGGCAGGUUCACGACCUCGUGUUUUUUCAGUUUCCAGCCUGUCUCUGGCAUCUCUUGGAGAUAAUGACAGUGUCAACUCAGAUAAGAAAACACAAAGAAGCAAUAGCUUAGCAUCUGGCAGUCUUUUCUUCUUUUUGAGCUCUCCUCGUGUGAGAAAUAGAAGCAGGCCUGACUCAGCAGACGGUUGCCUGUCACCCACUCGCUCCAGCAGCCGUAACGGAGAGAAAGACUGGGAGAAUGGUUCAACCACAUCCUCACUGACGUCCAACACCGAAUACACAGGUCCCAAAUUAUAUAAGGAGCCCAGUGCAAAGUCAAAUAAGCAUAUAAUUCAGAAUGCUUUGGCACAUUGCUGUUUGGCUGGCAAAGUCAACGAAGGACAGAAAAACAAGAUUUUGGAAGAAAUGGAGAAAUCAGGGGCCAACAACUUCCUGAUCCUGUUCCGAGAUUCCGGCUGCCAGUUCCGCUCGCUCUACACCAACUGCCCUGACACAGAGGAGAUCAACAAAUUGACCGGCAUCGGUCCUAAAACCAUCUCACGCAAGAUGAUCGACCGCCUCUACAAGUACAACUCCGAUAGGAAGCAGUUCAGCCAAAUUCCAGCCAAGACCAUGUCGGCAAGCGUCGAUGCCAUCACGAUCCACAGCCACCUGUGGCAGACCAAAAAAUCAGGAACGCCGAAGAAAGUAGCGGCCGUGAAGUCCUAGUGUUUCUCGACGGCAGACGUACACAAUCUCAAUGCACUUGUUUGUACAUAAUGGAAUCCUACAACACUUUUUACACUCUUCCGUCAGUUGUCGUUCGGACACACAAGAUUAUGCACAACUGGAAUGUAAAACUCUAUGGGGUGGCAAAUGGAUCAAACUCAUGUGAGACUGUGUGAUUCAAGUUGUUUUGCUGCACCGCGUACGUGUUGUUUUUAUAUAAAUGUGCCAAAAAAAAAGGAAAAUAAUGAAAAGUUGUCAUUGAUGACCUGUUAUUUUAAUUUGGUACACUAAAGCACUGAAUGUUCUUAGUUUGUACAGAAAUCUCGCACAUAUGUUGACGUGUGGCCUUAUGUUGCUUUUUGUCUAUGUUUUUAUUUGAAUGAUUUUUUACGACUGUCCUGAUACGAUUGUACGGCUGCUUAUGGAAAGGUUCUCACAUGCAUAGCUUGUGAUUAUAACAGUUUAGUACUGUAAGGGAAUCCUGUCAUAUCUAGUAUACAUUAACCAGUGUGCUAAUGUGCAGUGAGUGAUUUAGUUUGCAGGCCAAACCCACUUUUGAUGGGUUUUAACAUUAUCUAAUGGCAUUGAUUCACAGCAGGAUUGUGAAUUCAUUUCAUUCCGUUCCUGUAGAUGUUUUUGCUUUUUUUAUAUAUAUAUUUGGGGGGUUGGACCGACUGAUGGAAAUGUUCAGCAUAAUGAUCUAUUUAAUCAAUAUUUAUCUUUCAUAAAAGGUCUUAAAUAAGACUAGGGGUUAGAAAACCAAACCUUUCUGUCGGUGCGAUUAAACAAAAAUCAGGUGGACUGAAUUGUUUGAACGAUAUUUCCAUGGAUGAAGAUGAAUAACAUCAUGUGCUGGAGUCAUAAUUAUUUUCAAAAUACUUUUGUACUGUUAUGUAUGCUUGUGGUGACUGAUCGGAAGUAUUUUCCUGUCCCGGGUCACACAAAAGUAUUAAAAGCAGUUUACCAAAUGAUAUAUUUUCCCGGAUUGUUGGAGCCAUUUCCGUGUUUUGCGACUGAGGGCUAAAUCGUUUGAUUGGUAAAUUAUUUUAAAUAAUAAAAAUAAUUUAUAAGGGGUUAAAACAUGCCGCAUUUUUACGCCUGGAGUCUGUGUGGCAUUUUAAGAUGUUACGAAUCUCAGUCUGUUAGCAUUUACCCUUAAAGUGUGAUCAUCUUAGUGAAAUUUUGGUGAAAAUAUGAAUUUUCGUUGGCGAAAAGGUCCAUUGGUAACAGUGAAGCCAUGAAGAAGUCACUGUCAAACCAAGCAGCUUUUUAUUGGCCAAAGUGCAAAAUUUGUGUGAAUCUGUUGCGAAAUCUGCAAGCGGUAUUCAACUUAAUUUCGCCAGCAAAAAUUCGCUAGAUUAUAGUAGCUAAAUGAAACCACACCUUUAAUCCUUUUAAGGCAGAAUGUGGCAGUAUACGGGUAGAGGCUUUGUUGCCUGACAAAAAAAAAACGGCCUUCCUUUUGUGCCCUUUAUUUCAGAAGGAAUUGUAAAAACUGCAGUAAUUUUUGGUGCUUGCCUCUCGAAACAUAAAAUUGCACACCUGUUCUCCCAUUCCAACAUUUCUUGAGUAGUUUGAGUGAUGUGUCGGUGUUUGGAAUGGAAAUAUGUGCACAGCCCUGAAUAUACGGUAGAAUGGUACUACUGGAAACAAAUGUUAUUUCGAGCCACCAACAAGGGUUAUUAAACUGUAAAUGAGCACGAUAGAAAACUGUACAGCGUGUGUUCUCUAAUCUCUCCAGCACUCUCUCUCUCUCUCUUAUUUUCUUUCAGGCGCUGUGCUGUCAUAUUGUUCAAGUAACAUGUUCGAUUUCAACUGCAUUCAAUAAAUUUCGCAUGGCCUCA